ACUAGUAUAUCCCUUGCAAAAUGAAUAUUUUGCCCAAGAAAAGCUGGCAUGUGCGCAAUAAGGAUAACAUUGCACGAGUACGUAGGGACGAAGCUGAGGCCGCAGAAGAGGACCGCAAACGGAGGAAGAGAGUGGACCUAGCGGAGCAAGAGGCGAGGACAGAUUUCUUGCGUAAAAAGGCCAGCCUGUCAUUGCCAGAUACCUCAAGUAAUGAUGAGCUUGCGGUGGUUAAAUUGGUCAAAGAAUCGACACACAUAAACUUCUUCCAGGAUGUGAAAGAUUGCAAAGGGACCAGCCAAGGAAACAGGGAGUAUGAAGAGGAGAAGCACAGAGAAAAGGAGCAACGAGAAAAAGCAUUGGGCAUUCUGACAUAUCUGGGGCAAAGUGCAUCAGAAGCUCAGACCAGUCGCCCCUGGUACCAGAAUGCCCCAAUCCGUUCCAAGAUGGAUGUUGAUGACUCUAUGAAGGAUGAGAAGCUAAAAAGAAAUCUUGAUCCACUGUAUGAAAUGGAGAAAUGCCUCCACAGAAAAUCUGGGGAGAAAAAGAAAUAUUCAGAAAGAAAACAUAAAAAAUCUAAAACAAUAAAAGAAGAAAGACCUUUGAAAACAUCCAUUGAACAACUGAGGCAGGAACGCUUGAAAAGGGAAGUUGCAGAACGGACACGUGCUGAAACUUUGAUGUCCGUUAGAAAAAAUUCUUCAAAUCCAAAGACGGAAAUGGAUGAGCAGGAAAUGGAUGACAGAAGGAGACUGUACAACUCACAGUUCAACCCACAGAUUGCCCGAAAACCCAGACUACGUGAAGAGCUCUGGAGACGUGGAUUAAAUUAA